UUCAGUAUUUCACAUGUUUAGUCGGUCUUUUAUAUUUCAUAUAGAAUGGCAGAGAUUAAAAAAGAAGAGAUGGUUAUGGAAGAAAUAGACAUAAAGAAAGAAGAAAUUUUCGUUAAGGAAGAACUUUGUUCAUCUUCUAGUUUAGAGGAAACAUGUACAUGGGAUGUACAGGAAGAAGAUAUUCAGAUGGAAAAUAGAGAAUUGAAAGAUGGAAAUACUGGAAAUAAAACAAAAGAAAUAAAGUUGGAAGAGUUUGAGAUGAAAGAAGGAACAGUUUCCAUCAAGGAAGAAAUUCUUCCAGGUUCUACAGUAGAAGAUACUUGUACAGUUUAUGUACAGGGAGCAGGUUCUACUGUAGAAGAUUCUUGUACAGUUUAUGUACAGGGAGCUGGUUCUACGGUAGAAGAUACUUGUACAGUUUUUGUACAGGGGGAGAGCAUUAAAAGAGAAAGUGUAGAUAUUAAAAAUAAAAGCAUUGAUAAUGAAAAAGAUCCUCUUUACGCCGAACCUCAGAGACUGAAGAAGAGUGAACAUAAAAUAGGAAAAUACACUUGUAAGGAUUGUGAUUAUGAGGCUACCUUAGCUUCACAUCUGAAGACACAUAUUAAAAAUGAACAUAAAGGUGUGAGAUAUCCCUGUGACCAGUGUAAACAUGCAUAUACCACAUUGGGUGUUCUAAAGAAACAUAUUAAAAGUAAACAUGAAGGAGCAAAGUACCCCUGCAAGCAUUGUGCUUAUUCUGCAACAUACAGAAAUAAUUUAAAAAGACAUAUUGAGAGAAAGCAUGAAAUAAUUAGAUAUCCCUGUAAGCAAUGUAAGUAUGUCGCCACUACUUCAAAUGAUUUAAAGAAGCAUAUUCAACAUAAACAUGAAGGAGGGGGAUAUCCCUGUGAUCGUUGUAAUUAUGCUGGUUCCACAGCAGGUAAUCUAAGGAAACAUGUUGAGAGUAAUCAUGAAGGAGUAAGAUAUCCAUGUGACCAGUGUAAAUACGCUGCUACUACAGUUCGUAAUCUAAGAAGACAUAUUGAAUAUAAACAUGCAGAAGUGAGAUAUCCCUGUGACCAUUGUAAAUAUGCUGCCACUACUACAGAAGCUCUGAAGAAUCAUAUUCUAAAUAAACAUGAAGGAGUGAGAUAUCCCUGUGACCAAUGUGAAUACGCGGCCACUAGCACAAGUAGUCUAAAGAAGCAUAUUACACAUAUACAUGAAGGGGUGAAAUAUCUCUGUGAUCAGUGUGAAUACACUGCUUCUUCUUUAGGAAAUCUAAGGAAUCACAUCGAGAGUAAACAUGAAGGAAAAAGAUAUCCCUGUGACCAAUGUGAUUACGCUGCCACUAAAGCAGGCCAUCUAAAGAGUCAUAUUAAAAUUAAACAUGAAGGAGUGACAUAUCCUUGUGACCAAUGUGAUUACGCUUCUACUAAAGCAGGCCAUCUAAAGAGUCAUAUUAAAAAUAAACAUGAAGGAGUGACAUAUCCAUGUGAUCAGUGUAAAUACGCUGCUACUACAGCUGGUAAUCUGAAGAUCCAUAUUAAAAAUAAACAUGAAGGAGUGACAUAUUCAUGUGAUCAGUGUGAGUACGCUGCUACUACAACUGGUAAUCUAAAGACCCAUGUUAAAAAUAAACAUUAAAUAUCUAUGUGACCAACUUGUGAUUGAUGAUGAUUAUAUAGAUAAGAACCAUUGUAUUUAUUCAUCCUGAGAUUACAGUCUCUAACCUGAAAUAGAAUGAGCAAAAUGUUUUUUCAAAUUUUAGCUGAAUGGAUAGUUUACAGUUUUUAAUAUUUGGGGUUGAAUUUAACAAAAAAUUCUUGAUUUAGGGAUGUUAAAAUUAAAAUUUGAUUUUAUGUUAUAACUUAAUCCAUCUCACAUAUAUACACAUUACACAUUACAAUUUAUUAGCUCAAUUCAUUGAUUUUAAAUUUCUUAUUUUAAUUUUUGUCAAUAUUUUUUUAUAUGUACAAAUAUGUACCCAAGCUAACCUUCCAGGUUGCAGAGCCCAACCCAAGGCAACGUUCCCUAAUAUCAUGUCGUGCUCGUUCAAGGUUUGUACUUGAUUUCCUAAAUUAGGCUCUUUAGUUCCUUGGAACCUCCUGAGAAGUUUCCCUGCAUUAAGAGGCAAUUUUAUAUAUAUUGUCAAUUCAAACAACAAUUAAAAAUGCUUCCUUUAAUUUGUUUUAGAUUAAUAUCAACCUGGAAUACACAAAAUUUUGUUUUGAGUUUGAAAAAAUUUGAUAAUUUUUUCUAUAAAAUGCAUACUGGAAGUACUAAUCACAAAUGAUUAUAUAGACACAAUGUUUAAAGUAUCUAUUUAUCUUUAUAAGUAAAAUUGAUGUUUUCUGUAAAAUUGAUGGAUCAGUCAAUUCUUUUUAGAAUAAAUAUAAGUUUAGAGGGCUUUACAGAGGAGCAGUGCUGUUGAACACAAAAUUAAUUAAACUGUGAUAACUAUUACAAUUAAUUAAAUGAGUUAUAUCUCCUGUCUGUGCAUUUCUUACCUUAUCUUCAAAUGCAGUAGGUAAUCUGAGGAGACAUAUUAAAAUGAAUUAUAAUAAUUGAGAUAUAUUCCUAAAACGAGUAUAUUUAUUCAUGUUGUAACUACAAUAUAUGAUCUUCAGAAGAAAUUUAAUUCAUAUAAGUCGACUUGUUAAACAUUUAAAUUUGAAGCAAUAUUCAUUUAAUCUUCAAAAUGUCAACAUAUUUCACUGUAAUUAGGUUUUGAA